AUGCCUUGCCCGCCGCCAUCGGAUGAGUUGGUGUUCUUCGUGAAUGGGCGGAAGGUGAUAGAAAGGAAUGUGGACCCAGAAGGGACGCUGCUGACCUUCCUGCGCAAGAACCUGCGUCUCACGGGAACCAAGUAUGCCUGUGGAGGAGGCGGCUGCGGUGCCUGCACUGUGAUGGUGUCCAAGAAUGACCCUGUGUCCAAGAAGAUAAGACACUUCUCUGUCACUGCAUGCCUGGUGCCCAUCUGCUCUCUGUAUGGCACUGCUGUCACCACCGUGGAAGGAAUUGGGAGCAUCAAAACUAGGAUUCACCCUGUACAGGAGCGGAUUGCCAAGUGUCACGGCACCCAGUGUGGCUUCUGCACCCCUGGGAUGGUGAUGUCCAUGUACACACUACUUAGGAACCACCCACAGCCCUCAGAGGAACAGCUCAUGGAAGCCCUGGGGGGUAAUCUGUGCCGCUGUAGUGGGUAUCGGCCAAUUCUUGAGAGUGGAAGGACCUUCUGCAUGGAUUCAGAUGGCUGUCAACAGAAGAGAACAGGACAAUGCUGCUUGGAUCAGGAAGAAAGUGCUUCUUCCACACCUGGCAGGAGAAAUGAGAUCUCCACGAAGUUAUUUUCGAAAGAGGAAUUCCAGCCUUUGGACCCUACGCAGGAACUCAUAUUUCCUCCAGAACUCUUGAGGAUGACAGAGAAUCCAGAAAAACGAACACUGUCCUUUUAUGGAGAAAGGGUUACCUGGAUCUCCCCUGGGACCCUCAAGGAUCUCCUGCAGCUGAAAGUGAAACACCCUGAAGCCCCUCUCAUCCUGGGCAACACCUCCCUGGGGCCUACAGUGAAAUCUCAAGGACAAUUUCACCCAAUUCUGCUCUCUCCUGCUCGGAUCCCUGAGCUGAGUGUGGUGACUAAAACAAGCGAAGGAUUGACAAUAGGUGCUGGCUGCAGCCUGGCCCAGAUGAAGGACAUCUUGGCUGAGAGGAUAUCCGAGCUCCCAGAGGAAAAAACUCAAACAUAUCAAGCCCUCCUGAAGCAGCUGCAGAGUCUGGCAGGCCAGCAGAUCCGGAAUAUGGCAUCCUUAGGGGGACAUAUUGUAAGCCGGCACUGCUACUCCGACCUCAAUCCAGUUCUUGCUGUGGGCAAUGCUGCCCUCAAUCUCGUAUCAGCAGAAGGUACGCGGCAGAUUCCUCUAAAUGAGCAUUUUCUGGCUGGGUUGGAAAGCACAGACCUCAAGCCAGAGGAAAUUUUGGAAUCUGUGUAUAUCCCUCACUCUCGGAAGGGGGAAUUUGUGUCAGCCUUCCGGCAGGCCCAAUGCCAACAAAAUGCUCUGCCCCACGUGAAUGCCAGCAUGCGCGUCCUUUUCAAAGAAGGCACAGACAGCGUCGAGGACCUGAGCAUCGCCUAUGGAGGGGUUGGGACCACCACAGUCUGCGCACAGAAGUCCUGCCAGCAGCUCCUUGGGAGGCGCUGGAACGAGCUGAUGCUGGAUGAGGCUUGCCGGCUGCUUCUGGACGAAGUUUCCCUCCCAGGCUCAGCCCUGGGAGGCAGGGUGGAAUUCAAGCGGACUCUGGUAGUCAGCUUCCUCUUCAAAUUCUACCUAGAGGUCUUGCAGGAACUGAAGAAGCUGGCAAAGCUACUCUCUGUCCCUGACAGCCGUCGUUACCCUGACAUUUCCGACCGAUUCCUAAGCGCCAUAAAAGAUUUCUCCGUCACAACACCCCGGGGAGUCCAAACGUACCAGAGUGUGGAUUCUUGCCAGCCGCUCCGAGACCCAGUUGGACACCCCAUCAUGCACCUCUCAGGUCUGAAACAUGCCACUGGGGAAGCCAUGUUCUGCGAUGACAUUCCCGUGGUGGAUAGAGAACUGUUCAUGGUUUUGGUGACCAGUAGCAGGGCUCAUGCAAAAAUCAUAUCAAUUGAAUUAUCUGAGGCACUUGAACUACCUGGGGUGGUUGAUGUGAUAACAGCUGAAGACAUUCCAGGCACCAAUGGUGCAGAAGAUGACAGAUUUCUGGCUGUAGAUGAGGUACUUUGUGUGGGCCAGAUCAUCUGUGCUGUGGUUGCAGAGACAGAUAUACAAGCAAAGCGAGCGACUGAAAAGGUAAAGAUCACCUAUGAAGAUCUGGAGCCUGUAAUCUUCACCAUCCAGGAUGCUAUAAAACACAAUUCAUUCCUAUGCCCUGAAAAAAAACUUGAAAAAGGAAAUGUUGAGGAAGCCUUUGAAAAAGUCGACCAGACUGUUGAAGGAGAGGUCCACGUUGGAGGACAGGAGCAUUUUUACAUGGAAACACAGAGAGUGCUUGUUAUUCCAAAGACAGAGGACAAAGAACUGGACAUUUUUGUGUCAACGCAGGAUCCCACCCACGUGCAGAAAACGGUGUCCGCUACUUUAAACAUCCCCAUCAACAGGAUCACCUGUCAUGUGAAACGAGUGGGUGGAGGUUUUGGAGGGAAGGUGGGAAGGCCAGCCGCACUGGGGGCCAUUGCAGCUGUGGGUGCUGUCAAAACUGGUCAUCCCAUUCGUCUUGUUCUUGAUCGCGAAGAUGAUAUGUUAAUAACUGGGGGAAGACAUCCGUUAUUUGGAAAAUAUAAAGUGGGAUUCAUGAACAACGGGCGAAUCAAAGCUCUAGAUGUCGAGUGCUACAUUAACGGAGGAUGCACGCUGGACGACUCGGAGAUGGUAACAGAAUUUCUUAUACUAAAGCUGGAAAACGCAUAUAAAAUCCGUAACCUCAGGUUCCGGGGCCGUGCGUGCAGGACAAAUUUACCGUCCAAUACUGCCUUUCGCGGGUUUGGCUUCCCACAAGGAACCCUGGUAACCGAAUCUUGCAUCACAGCUGUGGCCGCCAGAUGUGGCCUUCUGCCAGAAAAGAUUAGGGAGAAAAACAUGUACAAAACGGUUGAUAAGACCAUCUACAAACAAGCAUUCAGCCCUGAGCCCCUGAUAAGAUGUUGGAAUGAGUGUCUGGACAAGUCUUCUUUUCACAGCAGAAGGACACAAGUGGACGAGUUCAAUAAGAAGAAUUAUUGGAAGAAGAAAGGCAUUGCUGUGGUCCCCAUGAAAUUUUCAGUCGGCUUUGCUGCGACAAGCUAUCAUCAGGCGGCUGCCCUUGUUCACAUCUACACAGAUGGGUCUGUGUUGGUUACACAUGGAGGCAAUGAACUGGGACAAGGCAUCCACACCAAAAUGCUCCAGGUGGCCAGCCGCGAAUUAAAAAUACCCAUGUCCUACAUGCACAUCUGCGAAACGAGCACAGCAGCUGUGCCUAAUACCAUCGCCACCGCCGCAUCCAUCGGGGCCGACGUCAACGGCAGAGCCGUGCAGAACGCUUGUCAGAUCCUUCUGAAACGCCUUGAGCCCAUCAUUAAGAAAAAUCCAGAGGGCACGUGGGAGGACUGGAUAGAAGCUGCAUUUGAACAAAGAAUCAGUCUCUCAGCCACUGGAUACUUCAGGGGCUACAAGGCCUUCAUGGACUGGGAUAAGGGGGAAGGAGACCCGUUUCCAUACUAUGUCUAUGGUGCUGCCUGCUCUGAGGUUGAAAUUGACUGCCUGACAGGGGCUCACAAGAAAAUCAGAACAGACAUUGUCAUGGAUGCAUGCUGCAGCCUAAAUCCGGCCAUUGACAUCGGGCAGAUCGAAGGAUCAUUUAUUCAGGGAAUGGGCCUUUAUACCACUGAAGAACUGAAAUAUUCCCCAGAAGGCAUCUUGUAUUCUCGGAGCCCAAAUGAAUACAAAAUUCCAACCAUCACUGAUGUCCCCGAAGAGUUCAAUGUCUCCUUGUUGCCAUCGUCACAAACUCCACUAACCAUCUACUCCUCUAAGGGCCUCGGGGAGUCUGGGAUGUUCCUGGGAUCAUCUGUGUUCUUUGCCAUCGCUGAUGCUGUGGCCUCAGUACGCAGGGAAAGAGACAUAGCAGAGGACUUCACGGUGCAGAGCCCGGCGACACCAGAGUGGGUUCGAAUGGCUUGUGCAGAUCAGUUCACAGAAAUGAAUCCAGGCUCGGUGAGAGUUGCCAGCAUUCAAAGUGCCACCUGUUUAGUUCAGUAA